CGGGAGCGGGCAGGUAAGGCGCCCACAGCAAGUGGGGAAAGGUUCCGGCUACUGGGGAGCUGAGUCUGUUGUCAGUCCCUCCCUUACUCCACCCCGCCUCCCUUCCCAUAUCUCGACUUUCUUGGGGCUGGUCGGGAGCAAAAGGGCAAAAGGGCGCACGCGGUGAAGUCAGGUCCUGAAAUAACAGGGGGAUUUUUUUUUGCGGGGGAGAAGGUGGAAAGAAAGAACAGUGAGCAGGCUCUGGCUCCAGCACCAGUGGCUUCAGCCAGAGGCCAAGGCAGCCUCGGUGACACUUCCUCAAAGUGAAAGCGAAAGCCAAGUAGGCGGAGAGGACUGACGGGGCCAGGCGGUCGGCCAGGCAGGCGUGUUUGGAGCCCCUUCUCCAGCCCGGACCUGGCCGGCGCGGGGCACGAGGAGGGGCGGCGGGGGAGGAGGGCCUGAGAGCAGCCCCCAUGGGCUCCGAGGGGUGGUGCUUGCUGGUCUGCUUGGCUCUCUCCGGGGCAGCAGACGCCGUAGAAAGGCAGUGGCGGGCAGUGGACGUGAUCUUGGACUGCUUCCUGAUGGGGGAAGGUGGGCACCGUGGAGGUUUCGCCAGCAGUGAGAACAUGGUGAAGGCCUUGUUGGUGCUGAAGCAGGUGCCAGUGCCAGACGACGGCUCCCUGGAAGGCCUCACGGAUUUCCAAGGGGGCACACUGGCCGAGGACAACCCACUCAUUACCUUCGAGGCCUCAGUGAACCUGAUACAGAUUCCCCAGGCCGAGGCCUUGCUCCAUGCUGACUGCAGCGGGAAAGAGGUGACCUGUGAGAUCUCCCGCUAUUUUCUCCAGGCCAGGACAAAGGCCACGGUGGAGACGGCAACCUGGUUCAUCACCCAUGUGCUAGUGUCUGGAGAGGGACCUAGUAUCUCCAUGGUGAUGAAGACUCUUGGGGAUGCUGAGAAUGGGGCUGUCUUGCAUCCUACGCUGAAACUGCCCCUGAGCCCCCAGGGGACUGUGCGGACUGAAGUGGAGUUCCAGGUGACAACACAGACCCCAUCCUUGAAUCUCCUGCUGGGGUCCUCAGCCUCCCUGCACUGUGGCUUCUCCAUGGCACCAGGCUUGGGCGUCACCAGCGUGGAGUGGCGGCUGCAGCAUAAGGGCAGUGGCCAGCUGGUGUACGGCUGGACCACGGGGCAGGGGCAGGCCAAGCGGGAGGGCGCCACCCUGGAGCCUCAGCAGCUGCUCAUGGCUGGGGAUGCCUCCCUCACCCUACCCAGCCUCACUCUGAAGGAUGAGGGGGCCUACGUCUGCCAGAUCACAACCUCCCUGUACCAAGCUCAACAGAUCAUCCAGCUCAACAUCCAAGCUGCCCCCAAAGUUCUACUGAGCUUGGCGAGUGAAGCUCUGCCACCCACCCUCCUCUGCAGUGUCACUGGCUAUUACCCUCUGGAUGUGACGGUGACGUGGACCCGGGAGGAGCUGGGGGGAGCCCCGGCCCCAGUCUCUGGCGCCUCCUUCUCCAGCCUCCGGCAGAGCACAGCAGGCACCUACAGCAUCUCCUCCUCCCUGACGGCAGAGCCUGGCUCUGUGGGUGCCACUUACACCUGCCAAGUCACCCACGUCUCCCUGGAGGAGCCCAUGGUGGCCAACACCUGGAUUGCCCCACCAGAGCAGAGGACAGCCUUUGGAGUCCUUUUUGCCAGCAGCCUCUUCCUCCUGGCACUGCUGUUCCUGGGACUGCAGAGACGCCAAGCUACCUCACCAAGGCCUGCCAGGACCCCGAGGCACUCCGGGUAGCCACUCUCCUGCCUUAGAUAUGAGUCACAUUCUCCCAGAAGGACUCUAAGCUGAGCCCCAGGGCUCAAAGAGGCCCCAAAAAAGAUACGAAGAAGGCACAGGUCACUGACUGUGGCUCUGGAUUUCUGCAGGCCUCUGCCUGCCUUCACUGCAUGCCCUGGGCUGAUACACCAAGGGAGAAAGCGUGAAGAGGUGAGAGGGUGGCAGGAAGGCAGGAGGUCUGGGUGGAGGUUAAAACACGAGCCAGGUUUGAGGCACGGUGGUAGGAAAAUAUAACAGAAAAAAAUUAAGAAAGGCGCGGAUGAGGGACAGUGGAACAGGAUGGGGGUUGGACGGCCACGCACAAUCGUUGAACUCUCCCAGAAAAAGCCCUCAUGUCCUCGGAAGCAAAGCUUUUCCACUUUCCUGUCUUUUCCCACACUGGGGCCCGCCCCGCCCCUCCGCUCGGCUGGCAAAGUGUUUGAGGUGUGAAACGAAGACCCUCAGAGGCGGCCCUGGGGCCCCCCCUCAGUCACUGAGUGUAACCUUGAGCUGCCAUUAAGCUCCUGCACCUCUGCACAGCUGCUGGGCAUCUCAGGACACCUACACACCCGUCACUGCCUCGGCUGCAGGGGACAGAGUUCUCCUUUCAGUCAUUUUAAAACGGGCCUGACCGGCACAGUGGAACUCGGCAGAAGAUGGCUGUGCAUGGGGACGGCGGGGAGCACACAGCGUGUCCCCUGGGGGCCUCCUCAGGGCCUGGCCCAGGACCUGGAGGGAGCAGGCGGCAGAUGUCUGAGAAGAUCUGCGGGUGUCUGUCCGUGAGAUGCCCGCUCGGCUUCCUGCCAUGGCUUCCUGUCACCCACACCUGAAGAGCUGGGCUGCUUCGGGCACAGAGGCUGAGAGCGGAGACCACUUCCUCUGCCAGCACCCGGCUCUUGAAUCUCGAGAAGACCGCCAGCACCCGUAAGCCACCCUUCCGGCGCACAGCACCAUCAGAAAGGAGCUAGAGAGAAACAAGACGCCUCCGCCCCGCUGCAGUCACCCCAACCCAAACAAUAGCCAAGUCGGUUUAGUGGUAGGAAGUUGUAUUUUUGUUUUGCCUUUGUUCAGAAUACAGGAAAUUGGUAAAUACGCCACAUGCCUUUGGUGGAAGUACAACUGUUAUUUCUGUACAAGUAGGAGAGUGGGGUUAGAAAAAAAGACAGAGAGGUGAUGACAGACACACAGUGGGGACGCCACAUCGUCCACGGCAAACCCAAGAGGGGCCGAGGAGACUUGGCCUCACGUGGCUGCCGAGCCCCAGGCUUAGUUGCAUAUUUGCUCAUGCACAUGGGUGGUGGGAGGGAAGCGGGGCGGCAGAGACACAGAAGAAGGGGGUACAGGGCAGGGUGAGAAAGAGAGUAGAAGGGCUAACGUCCCCAGAAGAACAAAGCCAACUACACCUGGGACAGGUGGGACAGAAACCCAGAAGUGACUCCUGUGAUGGGGCGGGCCAAGCGGGCGGAUUUGCUCCAGGCUUGGGACACAUCGAGGACAGUGGUGGUUCUUCUCCAGCGGUGACCCCCUGCGUUAGGCAAGCGGAGCCCAGAGGAGAGCGGAGGCCUUCGAGGGGGGCCGUUAGGAGGGUACACAGACUGCCUUCGUCCAGCACUUCCGUCCCGCCCUGGGGCAGGACGAAGGGAAUGUGGGAACAGGGCGAAGGGAGAGGAAGGAUGAAAAUUUGUGGAACGAAAUGCUGCUGCGUGGAAAGCGAGCCUGGCCCAGCCGCCUCCUGCUGGUGAACUGGUGGACCGAAGGAACGAAGGGACGGGGGGCGGUCCCCGUUCUGUUCCCAGCCGGCCCUCCUCCCCUCUCACCCGGGUCUGUCCCACUGAGUGCCCUUUCCUGAAGCCCAGCUCUGGCCCCCGAGACAGGCUGAGCAGCUCCAUCCUCAGGUCCCGCUGUCUGUGCCACAAACAAUGCAAAGAGGAGGAAGGAAGGAAUUCAGACGGGCAGGGGUGCUUUGGAAGGGGAACAUACUGCGGGAAGAACAGAGGGGCCGCUCCAGAUGAGAAGGCGCCGUGGUGGCACAGCAGUCAACAAGCAGGCCCGUCUGCUGACGGCUCCACCUCCGCCCCAAGGCUGGCGGGGGCACCGGACUCCCAACGCUCAGGAGCGGCCGGGCCUCAGGAAGGGCCGCUCUCCUCAGCCCUGUCUUUGGCAAGUACACGGGGGUGGUGUCGGGGGAAGGGCUCCCAGAGGGUCCAGGGCUCCUCCCCUCCGACAUCUCAUCCUCCAUCAGCAGCAAGGGAGGCACAGGACACUUGUAACAAGAGGGUGAGAAGUGGCUUCCUCCAAGCUUGGUAUUUUCAGAUCAGGCCCUUGACUCGCUGUUUCUCUAUAACUAACGGGCAUUCUCUCAUUAUCUAUGCCAGUAACUAAAAUUGAGAGGCUCAAACUUUGGCUAAAUGAAAUUAUUUGAUGCCUUCACGAGCAAUACAGAAUGCUGUAGAAAACGUGGACAAGAGCCCCUUCCAGGUAUGAGCUUGUGGGACUGUUUCUAGGAUGGGAACGAGAGUCCUGAUAUUUUCGCUAUGAAUACGUGUCCUCCAGAUCUCUGGAGGACAAAGUAAAAGGCUGUAAGAUCCCUGAAGACACAGAAGAUCUUGGACUAACAGAUGGGAAAUAACUGUGAAAAACAGGUUUGACUUUCUCAAAGAGUCCUGCACCAGGACCAAGCUGGACUUCGGGCCCGGCCCAGGCUCCUCUGCAGGCCUGGCACAGGAGAGGUGAGGGGGCAUCCUCCCAGCUGCUCCCAGCCUCCGCCGGCCAGCAGCCUGGACUUUUCUGGCAACACCACGGGCACAACACUCUUCUCCUCGUCCCAGUCUUGGCCCCUUCUUGAGCACGUCACCUCAGCUACGCCCCCUCCCCAUCCCUUGGCCUCCAACUCUUUUUGGCUUUGGGGGAACUUGAGAGAACAUGAGAGGGUAGCGAGGAGAUGCCAGCUGUUGUCCUUCAGGUAGUUAACUCAAGACUGCACCACAAGCAGCAUUUCCAGUGUCGUAGGACAGAGUGCAAAUGAAAGCAACAGAAGGGGAGGAGUGGGCGAUGGAGAAGCAGGGCUGGGAUGGAGGAAGGCAGAUGGGGAAGUUCUGGGGAGAAACAGCAGGACAGGGACAUGAGUUUGGAUGGCAAUGGAGAACAGGGAGGGGGUGGCACAUUCUCAAGCAAAAAAGUAGACUGGACACAGGAAUCAGGAAGUCCCAGAUGGAAAAAAGAGACAGGAGAAAACAAGAGGGCAAAUUACACCAGGUUACUGGACAUUCAGGUGUAGUUGUACGUGUCCCAGCCCCACAGUCUCCCUCUGACCCAAGCCAGUGAGAAGGCGCACAGCCCACUUCCUCAGAACAGCAGCCACCGCCUUCCCCCACAGUCCUGCAGAGUGAAGGCUUAUCCAUCAAGGAAGUCCCUCACCUCUGCCCUUCCGCCCUCCCGAACCAGAUGAUGCUUCCCUGGCCACGAUCUCCAUACCUCAGUCAGAGCAGCCCCACUCCCCAGGCAGGCAGGCAGGCAGGCAGGCGACGCCGGGACCUUCCCACCUCUUCACCCCACCAGCAACCUCAGCGAUACUUACCUACAAUAACUACCACGAUGAUGGUACAGAUGGCCCCCAGCAUGAUCAUCAUCUGAGGAAACAUUGACAAAACACAAGCCCUUGGAUGUGGGGAAGGAGGCAGCAACCAGGGCCAGGGACUCGGACGGCGGACGAAGCCACACGCCCCCCAGGACGGCUGAAGGCCUCCCAACCCCUCGUGCUCCCCAUCAGACAGUAACCCCUGCACCACAGCUGGAGCUUCUCAGAAACGUCAGAGGGUCUGCAGCUUGCUCCUUUUCUCCUAGUUCCUGUUGCCUGGAGGCUUUUAAAGGAACACCAGAGCAGGUGCAGACUCCGGAUCUUCAGUCAACUGGUUCGUUUUUCAUCGACAAGUGUUCAGCUCAUUCCCAAAAGCUGCAGAGGCCCCAAGCACAGCUUCAAUCAACGACAAGAGAGGGCCUGGAGCCCCCUCCCGGGUGUCUCCGCGCCCCACCUUCGCCCGAGACUCGACUGAGGAGCCCCGCAGAGUCCGGCGCUGGGGUGAGAGUUGGCAAGGUGUCGCGCCCCCCACACCAGAGUCAACUCACAUGUCUCAGACAGAAGGAGGAGAGGUCCGUCUCCUCUUCCGAGGCUGCGGCGAGACACCCGGCCGGGGAACACUGCGGUGAAGCCGACCGCACCGCCGAGCUUUGCUUCUAGACGACCACUCGGGGCUCUAGCUGCGGUAGAACUGACUGCAGCGGCAGCCCCGGCUCGUCUUUAUUAGCGCUGGCCGCGCCCCCAGAUCACGCUGACAAUGCUGCGGCCCAAUCCACGCCCAGGACAGGUGCCAGUCCCGAAGCGAAGCCCGGAUAAGGCCUAGAGUGCCCGCCCCUGAAAAUCUGCCAGUCACAGCUCUCUUCUUAUCCUGACUCGGGAAAGGAGCGGUGCCGGAAGGAUCUGACCAAUAGAAAUCUGGUUUGCGUACCUGUCUAACUAAGCGACGGGGCGGGGUGGAACUAGGUGCCCGCUCCCUGGAAGGGCGGCUCCAACAAUUUGAAUUAGGCCUUUUUGGUGCCACCCAGCCAAUCGCUGAGCAGUUCCUUAAGUCCGGGCCCGCUCGCGGCCCCCGGCUCCGGCGUCUCCAGCCAAUCACGCCGCUUCCGCUGACAGCGGUGGGCGGGGGCGGGCUCCGGCUCGCUGUGGCCUGGACUCUGGAGUCCGGGGUGAGGCGGAGGUUCGGUGGUCUAGGCACUACGCUGGCGCUCGGACCUGGCCGGCCUCCACCCCACCUCCCCGCCUUUGACAGCUCUGAGUGAGGCUGAAUCCAUCAAGGCAGAGCCGCAGGCUCCCGUGGCCAAAACAAUUUGUAAUCAAAGCUGUGGCUUUUCUGCCUGAAUUCCUUGUUGGUCCGAAAAACAAAAUAGCAAGAAUUUAAAAUGGUUCCAGGUUGACAGUGCCACCAAGCACCAGCUGAAGCAAUGCAGAUCGUCUCUGGAUGAGCUGAUCUUCAAUCUAGGCCUUGGGGAAUUUCCACAAAUACAGUUCCAAGAAAAAUAAAUUUUGGUCAAAAAUGGGAAACAAAUAAGGAGCAAAGAACCAGGAGCAAGAGCCAACAAAGAUGGAAAUAGGAAGUAAGAAAAUUAGAAAAUCAAGCCAAGUAGUUCAAUGUCUGAUUAGUAGGAGUUCUAAAAAGAGAGAACGGUUUGAAAGAGAAAGAUUACAAAAGAAAUACAAGAAAAAAUUUCUGAAUUGAAAAAGUCUUUCUGGAUUACACAGUACACUAUGUGCCUAGCAUAGUGAAAGAAAAAGAAUCAUGUCAAGACACAUCUUUGUGAAAUCUCAGACUAUUAGGGGAAAAGAGAAGAUCCUAAAAGAUUUCAAAAAGAGUGAAAGGGACUUCCCUGGUGGAUCCCUGGUCAGGAACUAAAAUCCUGCAUGCCACAUGACAUGGUCCCCCCAAAAAAAGAGAGAGAGAGAGAGAGAAAGGAACAGGAAUGAGAAUGGCAACUCAAUACAGUAUUAAAAGAUAGAUGAUGUGACAGUGCCUUUAAAAUUCUGAAGAAACAUAAUCAUUACCCUAGAAUUCUAUACCAGCCAAACGAAUAUAAGACCAAUACGUACCAAUAUAAGAUAAAUAUAGACAUCUUUCAGAUGUGCAAGGAGUGAAAAUGUUUACUUCUCUUUACAAUUUUUUACUUUCUCUUAUAGGCUACUAUAAGAUGUGCUCUGGUAAACAGGAAAGAGAAAGGCAGCAGAGCUAGGGGAUGAAAUGCUGGAUCCACACACAAAACUGGUGAAGGAAAUAUUUGGAAUGAAAGCUACACCACAGACCCAGAAACAACCGUCCUGACUGAAGUAGGAGGAAGGAGGAAACUGCAGGACAGUCUCCAGCGGGGGAAAAAAACCUGUAAAGCAUCUGACAUGUUUAAAUAUUUGAAAAAUAACAUGAACAAGUACUUUACAAGUCUGAUGCGACAUGCGGAAAAAAAUAGAGCUAGAUACAUAGAAAAUUAUAUUUUGAAAAAGAGGUAAUUAUAAACUUAGGGGAAAACAAAAAGUUGAAUAAGAACUAGAAAUUAUCUCACCUUUAUGUUAAUUGAUUUUCAACAAGAGUGUCAAGACAGGACUUCCCUGGUGGCGCAGUGGUUAAGAAUCCGCCUGCCAAGGGCUUCCCUGGUGGCGCAGUGGUUGAGAGUCCGCCUGCCGAUGCAGGGAACAUGGGUUCGUGCCCCGGUCCAGGAGGAUCCCACAUGCUGCGGAGCGGCUGGGCCCAUGAGCCAUGGCCGCUGAGCCUGCACGUCCGGAGCCUGUGCUCCGCAACGGGAGAGGCCACAACAGUGAGAGGCCCGCUUACCGCAAAAAAAAAAAAAAAAAAAAAAAAAAAGAA